UAAUAAUAAAUAACCAAAUUUAUUCCACCACUGUGCGUGCUAUAUCGCCACCGCCGCCGUUUUUGUCAUUGUGUUUACUCGCCCACAAGGUGUUCGAUCAGCACAGCCGUCCCGCUAAACACCUGCCCGUCCGUCAAAAGAGUAGUCGAAGUACGUUUUCUCGAAAUCGUGAAGAGAUGGUUAUCAAGGAGGCAACAACAGCGGCGGUAGUCGCUACCGCGGCCACCCCCCGGAGGAGACGAGCCAGCGGUUUCGCGAGGAUGGCGGCUUUUUUGUUGGUAGCCUCCGUCGUUUUGGCCGAUGUGAUCAGAGUCUGUGAAUGUCGUACCUUACGAGAUGACAACUACCGGCUACAGCGAAUUCGACGAGAUGAUAAAAGCUCGGAUUAUAUGGGUGAUGGUACCGUUAGUGACGAGGAUGAGGAUUCGGAAGAAGCAUCCCCCGACGGCGCCAGUACUCCGAACACAAUGCCCAGCCUACUGACAUCGGGACUUGUGGUAGAAACUAUCGAGGGCACAACGGUGAAUCUACCUUGCAAGGUUGCCAAUGGUUCUGAUGACUAUGCGGUAAUUUGGAUCAAUGGCACCAAGAGCAUAAUGACCGACUAUUAUCCAAUGACUACAGAUCCGAGGGUCAAACAUGGUACGCAAUCGGAGACAUCUGCAGGAUACCAGGAACACACACUGAUCAUUGAGCAAGUAACAAGGAUGGAUUCUGGAUCCUACACGUGCAGAAUAACAACAACACCCCCCCUUGAGAUAACCCAUACCCUUCGUGUCACACAUCCGGCCAAAGUCUUGGCAGUGCAUGCAGUAGGAUCCACAGGUUCGCCUACUGGAGGCUUGAAAAAAUUGACCGUGAAACAAGGUGAACUUGUGCAACUGGUAUGCAGUGUGGCAGGGUAUCCGGAACCUACUGUUCAAUGGACCAGAAGGGCUAAAUACCACCAGCAACCGCAUCAAUCGACCUCAGUGUCUCCAGACCAUGAUCAAAAAGUCCCGGAUUCUGCAUCAUCAACUUCCUCGACGGUAGUCGUGUCGAACACAAAUGAGGUCCGUAUCGAUUCCGUCGUCGCGUAUCGCGAUGCCGGUUACUAUGAGUGUUCGGCGCACAACAGCAUCACCACGGGAUCCACCUCCUCCGGGUCUGGAGGGCCCAAUGCGGCAAACGCACAUUUGGGAAUAGAAUUGGAAAUAGAGUUCUUGCCAGAGAUUGUUGUGCCCCGGCUCAUCGUCAACACCGGAGAAACGUACACCGCUCAGAUGGCGUGUUCCGUACAAGCGUACCCCAAGGUGAAAGUCACGUGGGAAAAGGAAAUGCUGACCCCGAAUGGACCGGCAUCGUCGACACCCGUGGUCGCAGAAGGCCCCAACAGCCGGUACGAUACGCUCAGGCAAUCAGCAUCCCAAAACACUUUCCAGGGCUCAGGGAACGCAACCGCGAUACCGGCAGGACCAACUUUCGUGCUCAGAGUGAAACAGGUGCAAGGACCGCAGGACUUUGGUCGGUACCGUUGUCGGGCCGAGAACCGCGUGGGUGUAUCUUAUUCGGAUUACAUAACGUUGACCGGUUCACCGGCCCAACCACAGCAGUCGUACGUCAAGGUCAAGGGCAAGGCGCCUGAACUGGCAUGGACUGUGGACAGUUGGUCGCCACUGAUGGAGUACCAGUUGCAGUACAGGCAGCAACAGGACUCGCCGACAUCUUGGGUGGACGUCAAGCCACAGCCACAGGUGGUCGAGUCGUCUACUGGUGGCAACGCGGGAGACGAGCGCCGGUACUCCAUGUCCUACGUGUUCGGCGACAACGUUCAGCCUCAACAGCAGGUCGGAGCACCCGCGACCAUACCGAUCACCCUUCAACACGGCACCACGUACGUGGCCCGCCUCAAGGCUCGCAACGUUCACGGCUGGUCGGACUGGUCAGCGGACGUCGUGUUUUCCGGUGGAAUGGACGAUGACCAAGAGGCCAACGAGAUUACUCAGUACGGCGGACAUCAACAUAACGACGAUGUUUUGAAAGCUUCCGUCGCAGGCGCAAGUGGUGCAUCAGGUCUGCAGCAAUACUGCAGCACCGCUUUGGUCACCUCCAUCGUGUUGGCCACCACCGCACUGGUCGCCACCGCGACUUCCGCCUGUUAGACCGCCUGUCCUGCAGUCCAGGAACGCCGUCGCCGCCGCUGAACGUGUACUUCCAUCGCCACAACGUCAACCACGGCUGCGAAAAUUACUAAGAAAAAAAAUUUAUAUUUAUAAUUAUAUUAAAUUUUCUAAACGCGACAACGACACCAUAUUAGACGCGCACCUACCCGCUGCCGACGCGAGCCUAAUUCUCUCUCUAUCUCUCUUUCUUCCUCUUCAAAAAUAUAUUCGGCCACCGGAUAACGGGAGGGGGUGCAAGGAAAUUCAAAACGAUUACUUAUAUACAACCAAAGACAGACACGAUGGCGACUAUACUACUGCAGUGAUUCAAAACACUAUAUCAUUAUAAUAUUAUAUUAUUGUUGUCGUUAUAAUUAUUAUUUUCGCCGCUUAUUAUUAUUUAUUACAUAUUAUUAUUAUAAUGCGAUGGAUGUACGACGGUUUUCCGCGCCUCAAUUUAUACAAUUUGAUAUAAAAUCUAGGUAAUAUAUAAUUUACCAAUAUAUUAAUAUGAUCGCUAUAUAAUCAUAAACAUUCGUAGAUUUAUUAUUGAUUAGGUUUAUUUAAACAUAAUAUUAUUUAACGCGUUAUUAUUAUGACGUCGUGCGCUUAAACCACCGCCGCCGCCGACGGAGCUUUUUUUUCUGAUUUCCAUCGCCCGUUGUCUAAUUAUUUACUUUUCUACGAUCGCGCGUUGCCCGCCGCUCGCACUCUCAACACUAUCAUCAUCAUUGUUUUUAUUAUUAUUACCACACAAUAUUAUGUACAACGAUACUAUACUGUGGCCACACGGCUGCGAUAAUAGGCAUCGCGCACGCUUGAUGCGAACGUGUCACGUCCGUCCAUCAGCAGGACAUUUUUAGAAACGUCAUCAUUAUACGGUCGCACGACAAUAAUGUUAAUAAUAAUAAUAAUAAUAAUACGUCCGAUAUGUACCUAACGUACUUGGCUCGUACCUAUUAUAUUAUAGGUACGCGUGCACGUCGUUCGUAGAUUUUUAACGAGCGUUUGUUUUCUCAUAUAAUAUACGUAGGUAUACGAUGACACGCGCGACCUGUGCACACACGCGACCCGUCGCGUCGUAAACGCCGUGGGUAGUCGGAAGAACGGUUUUAUUUAUUUAUUUUUUGUUUGUAUGUUUUUUACCCCUUGAAAAAUGUAAACCCAUUGCGCGAGCUCACGAGAGCACUCCAUCGUAAUCGCGGCGGCAACGCGUUUUUUCAUUUUUUUAUUAUUAUUAUUUUUUUUUUUUUACAACAAUUCAUUAGAUAUAGACUAUAUAUUAUAUUAUAUUAUAUUAUAUUAUCUUCCACCCGUGUGUCUGUAAUGAUAUUUUAUUAUACGUGUUGUACAUAAAAACAUAAGAAGGGGACAACGCUUUUGUUAUUAUUAUUAUUAUUAUGAUUUUUUUUCGUACAUUAUUAUUAUUAUUAAUUAUUAAUAUUAUUAGAAUACGAUUUAUAGCGUCGCCAUGCGCGUCUAUGAUGCACCUACUUUAUAUAAAUAAAUUAUACAUACCUACUAAUAGUGCCGAUAUCGAAUUUUUUACUACAAUUUUUAGACUGCUGCAACAAUUCAAAGCACUACUAUUUUAUACAUGGAUAAAUGUAGAAAUCGAGCUUAUAUAAUACAAUAUACAUUAAUUAUAAUAUUACGA